AUGUGUGAUGUUGGAGGUGACCAAUUUGAUACUUUGGAUGAGCUUAAUCUAGGAAGACUUGAGUUUGAAGAUCUUUCCCUUGAUGAACCAGAACUAGAGGCUGUUGUGUUUGAUGGAGAAGAUGAUAAUGAGCAUGGAUAUAGUAGGAAAAUUCCCUAUGGCGCCGGGGUAGAAAGUCUCCUGAUAGUAACAGACUAUUUCUCGAAAUGGGUAGAAGCCGACGCACUCAGCCGCAUCACUGAUCCCCAAAUCUGCAAGUUCAUAUGGACCCAUGUGAUCACGCAUUUCGGGGUCCCACCUGAGAUCUUAACGGAUACCGGACCCCAGUUCACGAGUCAUAACUUCAAAGAGUUCCGCAAGGAUUGGGUCAUCAAGGUCAUGUUUGCAACUACCCGACACCCACAAUCAAACAGGCAGGCCGAAUCCACGAACAAAACCGUGGUGAAUAUGCAGAAGAAACGCCUGGAGAGCUCUCAAGGGCUAUGGGCGGAGGAACUACACGGGGUACUCUGGGCUUACCGGAGUACCCCCAAGACGGCGACACAAGAAACUCCAUACUCGCUAGUCUAUGGUACGGAAGCCAUAAUCCCGACAGAGAUGCAUGUGAAGACCACCGUCUCCAGAUCCCUCACCCAGGAAGAAAACAACGAGUUGCUGUCAUUAAGCCUGGACCUGCUCGACGAAAAAAGGAAGGCCACUCCACUGAGGAACUGGUCCUAUCAGCAAGACGUCGCCAAAAACUACGACAAGAAAGUCAGAACCAGAACCUUCCAACAAGGAGGUUGGGUCCUACGCCGGGUAGCCGAAAAUACAACAAGGAAACUCGCCCCCGGAUGGGAAGGACCCUGUAAGGUAAUAGAAGUGCGAGGAGCAGGAGCCUACAGGCUGCAAGAUAGCAAAGGUAAAAUACAACCCAACUGGUUGAAUGCCCUACAUCUCAAGGCUUAUCAUUAUUAA